GCACCCUUCUCUCUUUCUCUUUGUUAAAUUAGUUGAUUAAAUAUUGAAAAUGGGUUUACAUGGGAAGUUGAUUGCAGCAAUAGAAUUCAAAGCUGGUGGAGAUGUGUUCCAUGAAAUUAUGAGGCACAAUCCAGAGCAUUUUUCCAAAGCUACCCCUGAAAAAGUCCAUGGUUGUGAUCUUCAUGAGGGUCAAUUUGGGCAUGCUGGUUCCAUUAUAUGCUGGACGUACACCCAUGAUGGGAAGCGGAAGAGAGCAAAACAAGUGAUCCAAUCGAUCGAUGAAGAGAAAAAAUUGAUUCAGUUCAAGAUGCUUGAAGGAGACAUUAUGGAGCUAUACAAAGAAUUUGUUAUUACAAACCAUGUUGAGACAAUGAAUGACAUUGAUUUGGUGACAUGGACUUUGGAGUAUGAGAUGCUUAAUGAAGAUGUGGAGCAUCCCAUUUCAUUGCUUGCCUACUUCAUCGAACUCACCAAAGACAUCGAGUCUCAUCACUUCAGUACCAACGCUUGAACUACUCUCUCCCAUUGCCCACUCCAUUAUGGAGUUGUGAUUUGCUUCUUCACAAGUUAAUAAGCCCUUUUGUUGUGAGAUGUGUGUUUCUCCCCAUGUAAAGGGGUGGGGAUGUGUGCACUUGCGCGCACAUGUGUGUUUUCAGUAUAUUUGUGUUGUUUCUCUUUUCUGUUCUCUCGACAAUGUUGAUAUUAUAUCGCAUAUUGUAUGUAUUUAAUAAUUAUCGAGGAUUCUCUAUCUACAUAUUUUAGUUUGCUAA